AUGAGAAAAAAAAGCAGAAGCCGUCGAUCUCAUCCGCAGAAGACAAUCUCAUCAUCAGAAGACGGUCGAUCUCAACAGCCGAAGACGAUCUCAUCAUCAGAACACGGUGUCAUUGAUAAGGGAAGCUAUACUCCACUAUCGUUCUACAUGGAUUCCGCCGCCAACCACCCUGGCCCGAUUUGUAAGGGUUAUCGUAGGGGUUUACUGUCCUCCGAAUCAAUGGUGGAUAAAUCUGUCUUGGGCAAAAACCCUAUUCCACUGUCGCUCUACACCACCAACCUCGUCUACCACCCUGGUGAAUUAAUGAUGGAUAUAUUUCUCGAUCCCAUGGGUGAAUCAAAGCUCGAUAUAUUUGCCGAUCCCAUGGGUGAAUCAAUUAUGGAUGUAUUUAUCAAUUCCAUGGGUGAUUCUAUGGAUGAUAGAUUUGCGGAAUCCAUGUCUGAUUCAAUCAUGGGUAUUCGUUUGGAUCCAAAGCUGGAUACAUUCCGUCCACUAUCGUUUUACAUUGAUCCCACAGUCUCCUUCACUGGUCAUAAAAACUAUAUUCCACUUUCCAUGCUUUCCAACGGCACUCCGAUGGAUAUCCAAAGCAACUCCUCUCAAUCAAAGUCCAGCUUUGGUUUUAGUUCCCGGUCCUCUGGAUCAAAGUCCAGCUUUGGUUUUAGUUCCCAGUCCUCUGGAUCAAAAUCUGUGGCAAAGCUCAGCAAAGACCAUUCUCCACUACGGUUCUACACCACCGCUAGUCAGAUGGAAAACACAGAGUCCUCCAAAUCAAAGGUUAGCAGAAACUCUAUUUCCGAAGAAAUUGCUUUCUCUAUUCUUUCAAAACUGUCUGUAAAAUCAUUGAAGCGCUUUGGAUGCGUAUGCAAAUCAUGGUCCGUUUUAUUUGAAAACACUGAUUUCAUGACCAUGUACACCAACCAUUUCCUAUCUCGUCACGGUUCUGAUGAUCAUUAUCAUACAUUUAUCCUCGCCAAUCAAUAUUUUCUUUAUGAUGACAACCACUGUUGUUAUUACGAAUCUGAAUUCCAUUUGCUCGAGAACGGACUCAAAUUUAAUUUGCCAUCUCCAUUACAACACUCUGGCGCUGAUACUUAUAUUCUGGGUUCCACAAGUGUUAACGGCAUUUUUUGUCUUGGUCAAAGUUAUUUUCAAAGUGUUAACGGCAUUUUUUGUCUUGGUCAAAGUUAUUUUCAAAAUAUGAAUGAGCAGUCCCAAUAUGUACUGUGGAAUCCCCUUACUGAGGAAUUCACGGUCAUUCCUUCUAGCCCCACUCAACUUAUACCAAAAGACCCUACAGGCUUCACCUUCUGCCCGGAUUCUGUUUUUCACGGGUUUGGUUAUGACCAACUUAGAGAUGACUUUAAGAUCAUUCAAUAUUUAUCAUUUUAUUAUGAUCGCUAUCCUCGGCAUCAAACAAGUUUUUUUGAGAUAUAUAGUUUGAAAAGUAAUUCUUGGAGAAUGAUCAACAUGGAGAAUCAUAUGUCUCAUUGGGAUUUUGUUCUAUCUCGGUCAUUUUCUGGUCUCGAAGUUUAUGUGGAUGGAGCGUGUCAUUGGUUGGUUUUGGAUUCUUUCAGCCAUCUACAUGCUAUGACUCUCUUGUCAUUUGACUUGAGUGAUGAGGUGUUCCUUACAACACUCAUUGGGGAAGAACCUUUUUCCCCAUACAGUUGUCAUGGACGCUUGACGCAAUUAAAUGGAUCAAUUGCUUUAAUCUCAAAUUAUCACGAUGAUAUUGUUUUUCACAUAUCUGUUCUGGGUGAACUUGGUGUGAGUGAAUCAUGGAUCAAACUAUAUACUUAUGGCCCCUUACCUUCCAUCCAAUGGCCCCUAAUUGGAUUUGGAAAGAUGGGAUAUAUAUACGUUACGACAAAAGAUUAUGAAGUCGCCUAUGUUAAUUUGAACACCCAAAUAAUUGAGGAGUUUGGUAUUAAUGGUGGAAAGAGAAGUAAAUUAAUAAUUGAGGUAGUUGGUAUUCCCAGUGGAAAGGGAAGUAAAUUUAUGGCCGGUCUUUACAAGGAAAGCCUUCUUACAAGUAACUAG